UCUGAAUAUACGGAUGAAACGAUAACGCUACUUAUCAGUAUCAAAUGAACAGAACAAUCGAAAAUGUUGGAUUUGCAUAACCUAACGCGAAAAUAUGAAGUGCGAUGACGACAUCAUCAAGUGUGUGGUGUUUUGGACCAAUUUAUGUCUUGCCUUAGUUGGCAUUUCCUUACUCUCCAUCGGAAUAAUCUACAAAAUUACCCUGGAAGAACUCAGUAUAGCUAUACCGAUCGAAUACCAAGGCAUUGUGUUCAUACCAGUACCAACUUUACCUCUCGGUACUGUCCUCAUCGUGAUUGCUGUUCUUGGCUGUUACGGCUGCCUUACCGAGAAAAUCAACUUCAUAGCACUGUAUACAGUCGUGCUUUUUGUGAUAUUCGUUCUGUUACUAACAGCUGGAAUUCGUUCAUUUUUUCAACUGAAAGAUGAGAAAAUAUUCCAGGAAAAACUGAAUCUCACUCUGAACUCACUGUUCAGAAACUAUCAUAUCAGCUAUGAUAACAAGGAGGUAGUAGAUCUUAUACAACACAGGUUGAAAUGCUGUGGAUUUAAUGGCAUAACUGAUUGGAAUUUUGUGCCUAAAAGUUGUUUCGUAACUGAUUCCACAGAGGUUUUCAAGAAUCCAUGCCCUCACCAAGUUUUUUAUUACCUCAAAGAUUGCAUGUUUGUGAUUGGUACUUCUGUGAUAGCAUUGUCAGUGACACUAGUAGCUGGAUUCGUUAUUUCUUUUUUCUUCUUUCAUUACUUGAUGAGGAAGAUUAGAAUUCGUUCUAUGGAGUUCGUGUGUACCAAUAAGGAUCACCAAUUUGAUCAUGAGAAUGAGUUGUGACACGAAAGCACGUUUUAUUUAAAUAAAAUUUCGAAAAAGAA